UCAUCCCUAUCAUCACCGCUGUGUACUCCGUGGUUUUUGUGGUUGGGCUCUUUGGCAACUGUCUCGUCAUGUACGUCAUCGUUAGGUAUACCAAAAUGAAGACUGCUACAAACAUUUACAUCUUUAACUUAGCCCUGGCUGACGCUCUGGUGACCACCGCAAUGCCUUUCCAGAGCACAGACUACAUGCUAAACUCGUGGCCAUUUGGAGAGGUGGUGUGCAAAGUGUUUAUUGCCAUUGACUACUACAACAUGUUCACCAGUAUUUUCACCCUCACCAUGAUGAGUGUGGAUCGCUACGUUGCAGUGUGCCAUCCGGUCAAAGCCUUGGACUUCCGCACCCCAGUUAAGGCCAAAAUGAUAAAUGUUUGCAUCUGGAUCUUGUCCUCAGCUGCCGGGAUACCUGCAUUUGUUCUGGGAGGAACGCAAACAAAUAGUGGCAUUACGGAGUGUGCCUUACAGUUUCCUGAGCCGUAUGUGUACUGGGACACACUGAUGAAAGUGUGUGUGUUUGUUUUUGCCUUUGUGGUGCCAGUCCUCAUCAUCACCGUGUGUUACUCCCUCAUGGUGCUGCGGCUGAAGAGUGUGCGUAUGCUGUCUGGUUCUCGAGAGAAGGACCGCAACCUUCGCCGCAUCACCAGACUCGUGGUGGUUGUGGUGGCUGUGUUUGUGGUGUGCUGGACUCCCAUUCACAUCUUUAUCCUGGUGAAGGCGCUAGUGAGCAUCCCAGAGUCCAUUGCCAUCACAGCUGCUUACUUCUUCUGUGUGGCACUGGGCUACACCAACAGCAGCCUGAACCCCAUACUCUACGCCUUUUUGGACGAGAACUUUAAGCGCUGCUUCAAAGACUUCUGCCUCUCUGCACGGCUGAAGGGAGACAAAGUGUCUGGAAGUAAGAAGGCCCUGAGUGCUGUGCGAGAGAUGGCCGUGCCCCUGGAGAACCCUGAUGGGACUAAGCCCACAUGACUAGCAGUGGAACUGUCGUCCAUUUCCCACAUAGGAAAAGAAGACUCCAAUGAUCUAGGCCUGACCCAUGUCACAUCAGCAAUGUGACGAUUAAGGAUUUACUGGAAAUAGGACACGCACAACCAACAUGGCCAUCUUCUCAAUCAUCAAAUCUUCAUCAAAUAAGUAUUGCUUUCAUCAUUCAACUAUCUUGAUCAGAUGGCAGUGACAAUAAUCUUGAUCAGACGGCAGUGACAAUUGAAAAAUAAACACAUAGUUUUUAAUAAAUACAUAGUUUCCUCAGCCUAAAGUCAUUUUACAUUUUAAAAAUAAUAAUCAUCAAUUUUAAAGCUUGUGCCAAAUAAUCCUUAAGUACUACUAAAUUAAGCAUUUAGUGUUUAAGUCUGCUUCAUAGCUCCCAUCCAUGAAACUGUACUGAAUACUUGCCAAACAAAUGUGCCUUUUACAGUCCAGGAUGUCAAGAUAGAGGAUUUUAAGAGGCUGUGGUCAAGCAGCACCUUCAGCCUGUUAUAUUUACAUCUCAGGGGAGAUAUUUUAUAUGUUUAAAUUAUGAUCUGAGAUGAGAUGUGUUGGGAUUGUGCUGCUGGACCACAAUGCCGUACAACUGACUGACUCACCCUGAGUUUUACUGUAAUUAAUUUGAAGAUCCUGGACUCAGAUGUGCAUUUAAAUUUGUCAGAGGGCUCUAUCAGCUUUGAAUCUGGAGUUCUGUCCAGUUUGAAAAGUUGUGUAACAAUGACAUACAUAAUAUAUCAUUGUAUAUUGUAACUACAUUUAAAAUUAAAUAUGUGUGCUUUGUUGUAGAGGAAAAGUGCAACCUUAAACCACAACUACAUGUCUGAACACAGAGUGUGCUGUAA